AUGGAUAAAUCAAUGGUUUUAUGGACUUUUGAUGACAAUCAAAAAAUGUAUAUCGAUAAAGCUCGUGUUGGUGAAAUCGGUGGUAAUACACUUGGUUUUUAUGGAUGUACAUUUAGUCCAUGUGGUUCAUAUAUCCUUGGUCAUGGUUAUGAAGGUGCUUUACAUUUAUGGAAAAUUGAAGAAAUUGAUGACCGAAUUAAUUUAAUUCCACAAGUAAUUAAUAGUGGACAUUUUAAUACAGUUGAAGAUUGUUGUUGGGAUAAACAUAGUGGUCGUUAUUUAUUAAGUGUAUCAACAGAUCAAACAACACGUUUACAUGCUGAAUGGAAACGAAAUGGAAUAACUUCAUGGCAUGAAAUUGGUCGACCACAAAUUCAUGGUUAUGAAAUGAAAUGUUUAGCUUUUAUUGGUUCAAAUCAACAACGUUUUGUAUCUGGUGCUGAUGAAAAAAUUUUGCGUGUAUUUGAUUCACCAAAAAAUUUUCUUGAAAAUUUUGCUCGUAUAACGAAAAUUAAUGUUGAUGAAGAUAUUCAAAAAGCACAAUCUUUGCCUGAAGGUGCUAAUGUACCAGCAUUAGGUUUAUCAAAUAAAGCAAUUUUCGAUAAUAAUGAAAAUCAAACAACAACAACAACAACAGUAAUGGAUGAUGAUCCAAUGACUGUUGAUGGAUUAUAUAAAGAAGGAUUUUUUAAAGCUAUUGUUUUGAAUGAACCACCAUUUGAAGAACAUCUUUUACAAAAUACACUUUGGCCUGAAAUUCAAAAACUUUAUGGACAUGGUUAUGAAAUCAUUGCGGUUGCAUCAAAUCCAUCUGGUUCAAUUAUUGCUUCAUCGUGUAAAGCAAGUAAACAAACUGAUGCAGCAAUUAUAUUAUGGAAUACAAAUACUUGGAAACCUAUUCUUCGUCUUGCUAUACAUCAAUUAACAGUUGUUCGAAUGAAUUUUUCAAAUAAUGGUCGAUAUUUAUUAUCUGUAUCACGUGAUCGAUCUUGGUCAUUAUUUGAAAUAGAUGAAACAAAUUUUCAAGCUCAUUUAUAUAAACACAUAUCUAGUAAUAAUCCAUAUCAUAAACGUAUAAUAUGGACAUGUAGUUUUUCGCAUGAUGAUAAAUAUUUUAUAACGGGUGCACGCGAUCAAAUCAUACAUGUAUGGCGUGUUAAUGAAAAGAGUAAUGAUGACAAUGAACAUCCUUGUGAAAAAAAAUAUUUAAAAUUAAAUGAUUCUGUUACAGCCGUUACAUUUGCAUCUCGAUUAAUCGAAAAUGAAAAAUAUUUUGUAGUAGCAGGACUUGAUAACGGUGCUGUUUUACUUUAUACUUGGAACGAACAAAUGUCUUGGCAAUAUUUAACAUUAAUUGCAGCACCGUGA